UCCAAAGCUAAAGGAGAGUAUACAGCAAAAAAUAAUAUUAAUAAUCGUCAAUUCUGCUGUAAACUUGAUGACGAGAGAGCUGUAAAUAGGCUAAGAAGUUGAAAAAGCAAUCAAGGAUAAUAAGGAAAUUGUCAAAUGCAUCAGUAGAGCUGAGGAAACGAAGAAAAAUUGAAUUAUCAUUAAGAUAACAUUAAAAUGAAUGGAAGUGGAGAGAGAAUAUCUACUCCAAAUGCAGGCUUAGCAGCAAAAACCUGUUCAACAUUGCGAAACUAUAAGCUUCUUGUCGAUCCAUUCCUUACAGGAAAAAAGGAACCAAAAGUUUAUCGCUAUGAUGGGAUUCUUGUUAAUGAACAGCCAACAACGGUGAUUGUCCGCGAUCCUAGAAAGAGAAUAUCAACAUUAGGCAAGCUACAAGCCGAUUUGCCAGUUCCAAGACUCACAAUUGAUAAGGACUACGUCGGAGAGCCACCAGCAAUAGAAAUAACAAUAACUAAUUUAAAUGAUAAUGUUGAUAGGAACUUUUUAACGGACAUGCUGCAAAAAGCUGGAUUUCAAGUUGAUGAAAUUACAAUAUUCUAUCAUCCAGAAAAUAACAAGCAUCUAGGCCUUGCUAGAGUAAUUCUAAAGUCGUCACGGCAAAUGAGAAUGUGUGUCGAGAAGUUUAACAACAAAUCUGUUAUGGGAAAGAUAAUUUGUGUAUUUCACGAUCCUUUUGGUGAGACGGGGAAAAGGAUGGUUGAAGAAAUGACAACGGAAAAGAAACCAACAGUUGUACCUGCUUUACCAAUGCAAGAUGUUCCAAAAUUGCCGCUAGUUGAUUUUCCAUCAUUUGAAGUGAAACUACCACUUGAACAGCCACCAAUAAUGGAUGAUAAAUAUUGGGCAACAAAUUCAAAUAGUAGCAAAUAUAAGGAUCCAAAAGAGGAUUGGGAAACAUCGAGAGAUUAUGAAUAUAAUCGAAGCAGCAGUUCAAAAUAUGAUGACGAUUAUAGAGGAAGUAGCAAGUAUGAUAAACGGAAAGAUAGAGAUUAUGGAAGUAGAUAUCCAAGAGAUCGAGAUGAUUCAAGGGAUAGAGAAAGGCAUAGAAGAGAUCGUGAAAGGGGAUAUAGAAGUAAAGAUGAUUAUAGAGAAAGAGAUCGAGAAAGGCACAGAAAAGACCGAGAUUAUUAUGAAUAUUCGUCAAGAGGAGAAAAGGAUAGAUAUGGAUAUAGUAGUAAAAAUUAUUCACGAUCAGAAAGCUAUUCAUCCACAGCGACAACAGAAAUACCUUAUUCAAAUUAUGAAUCUUAUGGCUCAUACUCAAAUUAUAAUAAUUAUGGAAGUAGUUAUCCGCCAUAUCAAUCAAAUUGGGCACCUCCUCCACCACCUAAAGAGGAUGAAAUAUCACCCCCAAAACCACCUCCUGAACCUCCACGUGAUGAUGAUUUUAAGGACGAUAAAAUGAAUGAUAAAUCAGAAGACUGUGAAGCUACAGUUGAUUUAGACACCAGAAUUGCCAUGCUAUUUAAAACAAAAUCAUUUGGACCGGAAGUUCCAUCACUAUUUAAUUUAGACGACGAUUCAGAGAAUAUUAAAGAGGAAGAAACAGUCGAUAGUAAAUCAAAUGAAUGCAAAGAAUUACAAAAUAAAUUAAAAUCGCACUUAAAUCUAGAUGAUGAGGAUAGUAGUAUAUCAAAAUCAUCGAGUAUAGCACAUAAUAAUAACAAUAAUAAUAAUAAUAGCAGUAACAGUAAAAAUGAUUUAAAGUGUCGGAAAAUUAAAACUGAGAAAAUUAGUGAUGUUGAGGACGGAGAAGUAAAUGAUGCCGAAAGUAAAACAUCUUCGACUAAUGAAAGUACAAUAAGUAGCAUGCCGCCAAGUCCGUUUCAAACGCGUGUUAGUUUUAAGAUCAAUAGGAAAUUCAUAAAAACAAAUGUAUUAAGGAAGAGAUCAAAAGAGAAAAAGUUAAAAGUUGAUUCUGGUGCAAGUGAUAUUUCGUCGAGUGAGGAUGAAUUAAUAGCCAAGGGAAGUUAUAGUCCAGCAUUACCAGCAAAAAUUAAGGACGAUGAUCAAAUGUCAUUAUCGAGUUUAUCGUCAACGGAACCAAUUAAACAGGAACCUGAGAUAAAAACUGAAUUAAAGGAUUUAGAAGCUUCUGCUGCAUACAUGUAUGGAUUCUCAUCAUAUCCAAGUUAUUAUUACCAACAGCAAUCAUUUAAUCAUUUUCAACAGCCUCAGUGGCAAUAUGAUGCAUCUGGUUAUUAUCCUAGCUAUAAAAAGGAGGAAAAAGACAAAGGAAAUGAUGAUCCACAUGAAGCAGCAUGUAAGAAAGUUAUCGAUAAAAUUAUUCAGGAACUAAAGCAAAUUUUAAAGAAGGAUUUUAACAAGCGAAUGAUUGAAAAUACAGCAUAUAAGAAAUAUGAAGCGUGGUGGGAUGAACAAGAGAGAAAUAAAAAUACUCGAAAUUAUCCUCAAAUUCAAAUGCAACAGCCAAUUGAAAUAGCUGAACCAACUCCACCGCCUCCUGUUUUAAAUCCAUCACUUCCUCUGUCUAGAGAUCCAUUACUCGAUAGUUAUCAUCAACAAAGUGGUAGUUUAGGAAUUUUACGUAAUUUUAGAAUACAAAGAAUAAAACGUGAGCCAGUAACAACAAACAUUAAGAAGAAUGAAAGUUCAAGGAGGAAAAGUGACGAUGAGGAUGACGAGGAUAUGGUUCAUGGAUCAGAUAGUGAAAAGGAGGACAUUACUCCAUCAAAACAAUCGACGAGAAAAAUUUCAUCUAGUUCUAGUUCAUCGUCGUCGAGUAGUGAAAGUGAAAAUGCCGAAAGUUCAUCUUCUGACGACGAGGAAGAGGAGGAACAAGCUCAAGAGCAUGCAUAUUCAUCAGAUACAGCCUCAUUUAUAUCCGAUGAUGAUAUUUCGAUUAAAAAAUCUGCUACACCAAUUAAGAAAGACAAGGAAAAUAAUAGAAUAUACUCAGAUUCAGAAAGCGACGAAAGUGAUGGAAUUGUGGAUAUACCAAAACCUGCAGUUAAACAAAAAAUGAAAAUUUAUUCAGAUUCAGAGGAUGACGAGGAAAUGUCACAAACAGACAUUAAAAAGUCAACAUCCAGUGAGGAUCGAGAAAAAACACCUGACGAUGGAAAUAAAACACCAAUACAUCCAGCAGAAUCAGAUAGUGACUUCUUUAAUGACGAAGUCAUGUCUAAACCUCCGAGAACGCCUGGACGACAAACAUCUAGCGAUGAUCAAAUUGAAAUAAAGGAUGUCAAGUCAUCGAAAGACAUUAAAGAAAUUCGAAAGAAAUCACCAAGUCCACAGCCAGUGAAAAAACAAAGUUCUGAUUUUACUGAUCGCAUUUAUAGUGAUUCUGAGGAAGAAAGAGAGUACCAGGAAAGAGUUCGUAGAAAUACAGAAUGGAUGGAACAAAUAGAACGUGAGGCAAAAGAAGAAUUUGAAAAACAGAGAAAAAUUAAGGAACAACAUAAAGAUGAUCCAAUGUCAACGGAUACAAGUCGACCAGCUUCGCCUGUAAUUAAAAAGAAAACAUUAGACAUCUAUAAGAAGUCUAGUUAUGAUGAACCAACGACACCAUCUACAUCAUUGCCACCUCCAACGCCUGGAAUAAAUCUUAAAUUGCCUGAUUCUGAUUUAUUACCUAUAUCAAAAUCAUCCUCACAAGAUCUUGUUAAUGAUCAAACAAUCAAAAAGAAACGUGGCAGACCAAAAGGAAGUUUGGGUAAGCCAAAAGAAGGCAAAGAUAAGAAAAUUAAAAAUGGGGCUGUUACAAAGAUCAUUUCCGAUGAAAAACUGUUUGCUCAACCACAAAAUCUUAAACCUGAAUUGGAUCAAAAGUUUUCACUCAAAUUAUCACCUUCAUCGUCAAGUGAUGGCGGUUCAAGUCAGGCUAGUCUCGUAGCAAUGGAACAUUGCUAUUCCCUACCACCAUCUGCCUCACAAUCAACUUCUUCGUCACCAAAUCAGGAAGUAAUUCAAGCUGUUAGGUCACUCGAUCAUGAUCAUGGAUAUUAUGGAAAAAUAGAUACGCCAAUUCCAUUACAAUCUAUACAACCAGCACAAUUGGAAGAGCAAGGAAAGAAGGAAGUAACACAAAUUGGAGCUAGACCUGUUGGGAGACCUCGAAAAGAUCCAAAUGCUCCAAAAGCUCAAUACAAUAAACGUGAUAAAAAUCAGUCACUUAUUAUGGAAAAACCGAAGAUAAAGGUGAAAGAGAAAGAGAUAAUUGUGGAUGCAAAAGAGCAUCAAUUGCUUGUGGAUAAUUUUGUUCCUGUUGCACGUUACAAUAAGCGUCCGAAUACGGAUGAAUUUGAUGUCCUUUGUCGAUUCUUAACACAAGGAAUCGAUCAAGAAGAUGUGGAUUAUAUGAAGCGUGCAUAUACGUAUCUUAUUCAAAACGAUAUUCCUGGGACUGAGCUAUUACAUCAAGUACAUUGGGUAGAUCAUUGUUCAACAGAUCGUUCUUUUGUACCGUCAGCACCUAAAAAGAGGAGGCGAGAUGAUUUUCCAGAACUACGAGAGCAUGUAACUGGAUGUGCGCGAACUGAAGGAUUUUAUAAAAUUGAUUCGAAGGAAAAAGCACAUUAUAAGUAUCAUCAUUUGAAAGGAACUGUAGCAGGUUCACAUUUAGAGACAGCUAAAGUAGCCAAGAUGCAAAAUGCCUCAAGAGAAGCACGUUCAAAUCAGCGGCGUUUAUUGACUGCAUUUGGAGGUGCCACAGAAUCUGAUUUAUUGAAAUUCAAUCAAUUAAAGUUUCGUAAAAAGCAACUUAAAUUCGCUAAAUCAGCUAUUCACGAUUGGGGAUUAUUUGCAAUGGAACCAAUUGCUGCAGACGAAAUGGUUAUUGAGUAUGUUGGACAGAUGGUUAGACCAAGUGUUGCUGACUUACGAGAAACAAAAUAUGAAGCAAUUGGUAUUGGAAGCUCUUAUUUGUUUAGAAUUGAUUUGGAGACUAUUAUUGAUGCUACGAAAUGUGGGAAUCUUGCGAGAUUUAUCAAUCAUAGUUGUAAUCCAAACUGCUAUGCAAAAGUAAUUACGAUAGAGUCGGAGAAGAAGAUCGUGAUAUAUUCCAAACAGCCGAUUGGAGUGAAUGAAGAAAUCACGUACGACUACAAAUUUCCUCUUGAGGAUGAGAAGAUUCCUUGUCUUUGUGGUGCUCAAGGAUGCAGAGGAACAUUAAAUUAAAGUUAGUUAAGAUAAUUACAUGUAUAAAACAGAGAGUUAAGGUGAAAAAAUUAAUCCUUUGCUAAAUUUCUUCUACUUCAUUUUUUAUUAUUUUUUAUUAUUAUGUAUAGUUUCUUACUGUUCUUAUGAGAUCCAUAACAUAAAUGAACUCUUUCAUUAGUUUCAUAUUUCUGACAAAAAUGCAAAUCUGUGUUUUAAUUUUUCCAUUUCCUCACAUUUUCUUUAUCCUAAAGAGUGUAAUAAUUAUGCUUUUAAAUAUUUUUACAGACAUUUAUUGUAAUUGACUACAUAUUUUUAAUUGCAUAUAAACCAUGAAAAAUAAAUCUGAAAUUGUAGAA